UUACAGUUCAGAUCCUCUUGCAGUGAGCAACUCUCUCUCUCUCUCGGAAUCCGCUCUAGGACACUGCUCUACGACACUCUAACUCCUGCUCUAAUAUUCCUCCUUCCUCUAUCCUUGGAGGUCCUUGUCUCAAUCCUGAAGUGUCUAGAUCCCAGGGUGUCUAGGAUCAUCUCAUCAAGGUCCCAGGGUGUCUAGGAUAGAUUGCGCGGCUCGGAACACCUGUAAAUCUUGGCAGGGAUCCGAAGUUUAGGGAGGAAAUUGAGUUUUUCUACAAAAUCUUUGAGUGAUUUGGUGAAUUUUCAGUGAAAAUCCUUCUUAUCUAGUAAAUUUUCGGGAAACAUCUAUAAAUUUCGUGAAUUUUUUAAGUGAAAAAACUUAUCUUAUCUAGUAAAUUUCCAGUUAUUAUCUAUAAAUCUCGUUGAUUUUUAGUGAAGAGUCUUGUUAUCUCGUGAAAUCUUUUCAAGUUUCGUGAUUUUUGAGUGAGAAGUUUGUAAAUCUUGUUGUUUUAUUGACAUUCUGACGUAAACGUCUGCAUAUCUUUACAAUUUCAACGCCUUUUCUAAACAUUUCGUGACUAAAUCUAUAUCUUGUACUUUUCUAUACUGUCUCUUGUUAUAGCCAGGGUAAUUUCCCGGUUUUCUACUGUGAAAAUUGCAGUAUCUUGUGAUUUUCUCUUGAAACUUUUACUGUUUUCUAUAAAUUGUUCGAGAAAAUCCUGUAUUUUCUCUACAAAUCUUCCUCUGGUGUGAAAACUCUAGUUUUUCCACUUUGCAAAACAAGAUUGCGUGUAUUUCAAUCAAUUUAUAUAGUGGAAAACCGACGUUUUUCGAUAGGAUAGUAUAUUCAAAUAAGGUGCAAUAUAGUAUUAUUGAGGAAGUAUUUGGCUUUAAUUUAUUGUUGUAAGUAAAUAUUGUAGAAAAUUGUUCCUUGUGUAUUAUUAGUCAGGGGAUUAAUAGACGAAUUUAAAUAUUGCUUAAAUAUAGUUGAAAACAUCUAACAUAUCAGUAUUAUUAGAUAAGAUUGAUUAGGUUAAUUAAAGUAGGUGUGAAGUGUGAGUUAAUUGAUGUUAAAUUUGCGUGUUGAGAUUGAUGUUAUAAAGUUGAUGUUAAUCUAUAAAAUUGGUGGAAGUUAAAUUAAAAGUAAAACUCUAGAAUCUAAUGUGACUUGAACCACUCUAUAUAUCUAUCCUAUUUCUGACAAUCAGUCUGCCUCUUAAUAACAUAUAUAUAAAACUAUACUGAAUCUAUUUUCUAUACUUGACCUUGACAAUCUAGGAUCUCUGUAAAUCUAACGCUUCCAAUCUGAGACAAUCUGUAAACUUGUAAGUCUUUCAACACCUUGUCAAUCAUUCUCUUGAGACUGCCUUCUAUAUUCUAAACUCUACGUUUUCUACGAUAAAACUUUCUAAACACUUUUCUACUGUUGAAAACUUUUUGACUAAAUCUUUCUACUACACUGUGUACUCUACCUACAAACUUUCUUACUCUAUUUACAAACUUGUAAGUUGACCAUCAAUUUUCAGGGUCAACUUUUUCAGGAAACUUUCGUGUAAUUCUUGCUGCACAAUCUAUUUUCUAAACAUUUUGUUGUUUUAAGGUUAGGAAAAUUAUUGUUAAAUAUCGUGAACUGUCAAUUGUAAGGGUAUAAACGUGAGUUAGUGCAGAAAUCUUGAAUUAAAUUCGAGUAAUCGUUGGUUAGUUGUCAGUUAACGUUAACGGCCGAUCAGUGUUUAAACUUUGAGGUUAUUGGUCGGGUAUAUUGUGCAAUAUUAGUGGAAUCCCGCGUUUAAAGUUAGUGAAUUAAACUGCAAUUCUCAACUAUCAUAUACAUUGUGAUAGCUUGAUAUAACUGAGGAUUUACCAAUAAAUCAAGUGUUUAAUUAUAAUUAAACAUUAUCAAACUAUCUUCCAGUUAUAGUGGGAUAGUUUCAGUGAAUUCUAGAAACUGAAAUUGAAGUUUCUCAGAUUUAAAACAAUUUUAAAGGAAUUGAUUGUAUUCAAAUCGAAUUCUAGAGCUUUACUAGACGAUUUCCACUGAAAAUUUAUCAAAAUCACUAGUUUUCACGUGGUUUAAAUAUACAUCAAAAGUUAAACUCUAUCACGUAACCUUUGUGUGGUAGUAACUAGAUAAUAACUCUAGAUUUGAUAAACGUUGUUAAUUGAACGUGUAAAUUAAAUUUGAAUUAGAUUUCAGUGUGUUUCGUGGGGCUUUGAUAUCAGAUUUCAAGUCCUAUUUACUACACUAGACAAAUAUCUCUCACCAAAAUUCGAGUAUUUUGGUGAUAAUACAAGGAAAUAAUCUAUAUCUUGAUCAAAUUUCGGGGGUUUAGAUAGUAAAUUUGAAGCCUCUUCAACACUAGACAUAUAUCUCUCACCAAAAUUAAAGUAUUUUGGGUGAUUAUUCGAGAAAAUAACUGAUAUUUUAAGGGUUUAUAAAGUGAUUUUGAAGGCAGUUACACACUAGACACCUCCCCUCGCCUCCAUCACGUACUACCAGUGUGUACCAUUUUCAACCCCUAAUCCUCCUUCUUCUCCCUUUCUGACUUCUUCGUCAGUUCCUCCUCUUCCUCUUCCUCCUCAUUCGUCGCCUCUCCCUCCUCCUCCUCCUCCUCCUCCGCCUACGGCAUUCUGCAGUCAGUGCAGCUACUGUAACUGUGCGAGAAGCAGCUACUUUGCACCGCAACAGCUGUUCCAUCCGGCUGUGGUGGGAUAUCCGGAACUAGUUGCUACAACUCAGCAGAUCUACUCGUCUACGCUGAUCUUGGAGCCGGCUGUCAAGACGACCGCCUACGCUGAAAUGAGAGGAUCAGACGAGCUGUUGUCCCAAAGUGGGGGAGCCGUGAGCAAUGGGGGGGCCAUCAGCCCCCAGCCCAACCAUCAGGACAACAAUAACGACGCCAAAAAGGCGAAACUUGACAAGACGAACAGCAUAAAGCCGUCGAAGGUGAUUCACAUCCGCAACAUCCCUAACGAGGUGACCGAGGCUGAGAUCAUCCACCUGGGAAUUCCCUUUGGUCGCGUCACCAAUGUCCUCGUGCUCAAGGGAAAGAAUCAGGCUUUCCUGGAGAUGGCAGAUGAGAUAGCCGCAUCUACAAUGGUGACCUACUUCACGACUUGCACUGCGCAGCUGAGAGGCAGAGCUGUAUUCGUUCAGUUCUCCAACCACAAGGAGCUCAAAACUGACCAGACGCACAGCAAUGCUAAUGCUUCAGCGCAGGCAGCUUUGCAAGCAGCGCAGGCUCUGUCAGGCCAGAAUGACACACAGGGUGGACCCAACACUGUGCUCAGAGUCAUCAUAGAACACAUGAUGUAUCCAAUCACCCUCGACGUCCUCUAUCAGAUUUUCUCACGUUUCGGCAAAGUGCUGAAGAUUGUGACUUUCACCAAGAACAAUUCGUUCCAAGUCCUGAUCCAAUACCCAGACGUGGUCACGGCCCAGUCUGCUAAGCUGUCGUUGGAUGGCCAGAACAUCUACAACUCGUGCUGCACUCUGCGCAUUGAAUACUCAAAGCUGUCCAGUCUGAAUGUCAAAUACAACAACGACAAGUCACGUGACUACACCAACCCUUCACUGCCCAACGGAGAGACUGGAUCCGGACCUUUGGACGGUGUAGGUGCCGGAGGCCAGGGUCUGUGCGACCAGCUGUUGCCGCAACUUCUGGCGGCUCAGGGCGCACAAGGCGGUGUUCAGGCGCUUCAAGCGGCCAGGCGCAGUCUGUCGCAGCAUGCCGACCACGCACGUCUGUCUGGUGGAGGCGUGCUGCCGUCUCCCUUCCAACCGCUGCACGGCCUCGCGUCGCCUCUGGCUGCGCCAUAUGCCGGCUCACCUGUUGCCGGCAUUCCACUGGGAGGUUUCUCACUGGGCGGCGGUGGUGCGGGGGCUGCGGCUUCGGCUGCGGCUCUAGCCGCAAGCGGCCUGCGGCUGCCCGGGCAAAUGGGUGCACCUGGCAACACUUGUGUGCUGCUAGUCAGCAAUCUCAACGAAGAGAUGGUCACACCUGACGCCCUCUUUACUCUGUUUGGCGUGUAUGGGGAUGUGCUACGUGUGAAGAUUCUCUACAAUAAGAAGGAUAGCGCUCUCGUGCAAAUGGCCGAACCUCAGCAUGCUCAUCUUGCAAUGGUGCACAUGGAUAAACUGCGCCUGUUUGGCAAGCAGAUGCGUGUGAUGGUGUCCAAGCAUCAGACCGUGCAGCUGCCCAAGGAGGGCCAACCGGACGCCGGCCUCACCAAGGACUACACCUCCAGCUCGCUGCAUCGCUUCAAGAAGCCUGGCAGCAAGAACUACCACAACAUCUAUCCGCCCAGCCAGACACUCCAUCUCUCCAACAUUCCGCCUAACAUUACCGAAGAAGAGAUCAAGGAAGCGUUCACAUCUAACGGCUUCAACGUCAAAGCUUUCAAAUUCUUCCCAAAGACAAGAAGAUGGGCUUGAUUCAGCUGGGAUCUCUCGAAGAAGCAGUUGCCGCUCUCAUUAAAAUGCACAACCACCAACUCAGCGAGCAGAACAACCUGCGAGUUUCAUUCUCGAAGCCAAACUCCAACAAUAGGGAUGGUCAUGGCAGGGAUUAAGCUGUCCAGGGUCCAGGAAUGCACCAACUCGGCCCAGGCCCAGCAAUGCUGCCAAACUAGGCCCACAAAUCCACAAACAAAAACCUCGAUGCAAAAAGAACAGUAUAAUACAAGACCAAAGGCUUUUCAUAAAUAUUUACUAUACACUUUAUAGUAUUAUUUAUAUACUACAUAAACUACUUACGAGAGACGUUUUAUAGUGUUAGUUACAGUAUAUAUUAUGAGGGGAGGCUUAUUUUACUAUUAAUAUUUAUAUAUUGAUGAUUUUGUUCGAGCCUCUAAACAUGUGAGACUUUGGUUCAAUCACGAAGACUUUGGACGGUGUUAUAAUAAUAUAUAAUAUUACAAGGACAGAUGACAGUGUGAAUCUACAACACUUGUAUUUUCUUGAGAAGUGUUACAAAAGUGUUACAAGUCCGUUGGUGUACAGGGAUUGUAUGUUGUAGUAAUUGUUCCAUGCAGAUUAUUAAAGAUAGCACUUGUAAUUUGUAAUUUCUGCUGUUUUCUCAUUCAAGGAUGUGUCAUUUUUCUCAGCCUAAUCUUUCCCAGUUUCUGUGUAAAUAUUGUAAGAUUCCAUUUCAAGUUUCAGUCUAUGUUCCUAGAGUUUGUUCCAGACUUGGAACUCAACUGUUUUCUCUCGUUAAUAAACAGCUCUACUGCUGUUGUAAACUUUGAUAAUAUGCUACGAAUUUAUUAUGAUUAAAGCUAAGAUUGUAGAAAAUUUGAUGACAUUCCGAAUUCAAUUGGAGUAAAUAAAUGUGGUUUGAAAAAUGAAGCAUCCUUUAAAAAAUUGACCAGUGUCAUUGAUUAUGAAUUUUUGUAAGUUUUGGUGAAAAGUAUUUUUUGUAGCCUCGCUAAUGUGAAUCGAAUCCAGUCUGUUGGUUCAAUUUUGUAUUAAUAUUUAUUUAUAGACUUUGUGUGUAUGGUUUAUGAUCUGAAUGGUACCAACUAUUGGUGAAAUAAUUACAUGAUGGAACUUUUGUACAAAAUCUCUGCUUGGUACUUGAUUUAUUAUGUAUUUAGUUGUUUAUUUCAAAUAUGGCUUGGAUUUGAUUGGAGAGAAUGUACAAGGUUGAAAUAAUAUUAAAAUAACUAAAGGGAAAUAAAAGAGAUAAAUAUGAGAUGAAUUCCUAGGAGUUCUUAGAGAAUUAUAUUCUUGAUAGCGGUUGAAAAUUUUAUGUAGAGUAUGGAAAUUAAUAAACAAAUUUCUAAAAAAAACUGUUGAGUAAUUGAUGUAAACCAUGGAAUAAAUUUGAAAAAUACAGUAAAUUUGUUGAAAUAAACUCUGAAGUCAUGAGAUUUAGAACGAUGUAUCCCGAGGUACUCAAAAACUUGUACAUUCUAUUGCAAAUUCAAGUCAGUUUUAUUUAUUCAUUAUUUUUCUACUUUAUUCUGGGAAAUUUUAGAGGGAUUGAGGUUAGAGAACCAGUAUUGUAUUGGUAGGCUAUAGCACUAGAAACUAUGUCUUCUGAAAAAUGAAAAACUGUGUGUAGAUUUUAGACGAGAUUUUGGAAUGUGACGACAAAAUUUAGACUUACUUAUCAAUUAAAAUAAGUGUUGAGAUCUGAUUAGAUGAGGUAAAAACUAAUUCAUGAAAGAUUAUAAUUUUUAUAAGAUGAAAAACUGUUUAACGAUGCUGGGGUUGUGUUUUUGAAGUUGAUAUUAUAUUGGAAUUCAGGGAAGUAUUGUUGUGUUUUUACUGACAUUUCACGUGUGUUUUUCUUCAAUUUUACAAAAAUGUGAAGGACUAUAUGGGAUGAAAUUACAUGUGAUUUUAGGAUAAAAAAUAUGAAAUCCACUCUGAGUUCUGAUAUAUUUUCUCGCAAACAAUUCAAUCCAAUCGUUAUUUCAAUGUAAGUGAAAUGCAUGAGUGACGAUCGAAUAAGUGUUAGUUUUUAAUAUGAAAACAUAUAGUAUUAUAAUUUGUAUUGCUUGAAUCUAUUGAUGUUGAACGAGCUGACUUUCAGUUGACAGCAUCUAAAGUUUUGAUAAGUUCAGAGUUUAGUUUUUAAUGUUUAUUAGAUAAUAUAAAGCAGAUGAAGAUAUUUAAGAGAAUGGUUGUUAAAUUAUAUUGAUGGUUAGGAUACGGUGAAUAUUUUAUUGUAUUUUCUUCAUUUCUAUAAAGAAUCUGCUCUUUGAUUCUGAAUUCUUCAGAGAUUCUUAGCUUAUCUUUGAACAUAGCCACAUUUUGUGAAGGCAUUAUAUCUUGUAGUUCUCUAUCCUCAUAAUAUUAUAUUUUUUAACGUCACUAAUUAUUAUUUAUCAAUAUUAUUCCUCUUAAUAUCAUCCCCGUAAAGGAAAAACUUCUCUCUAACUCCUAUUUUCAAUCUACCUUCAAAAAUUCACCGAAGUAUAUGAAACACUUCAGAUAACUGAUUAUUCUGUUCCAUUUUUCCCCCACAAAAUAUUUUUUUUUUAAUAUAUUCCCACACACUGGUUUAGUGUGGAAUUUAUUACUCAAGAGAUAUUCUGAUUUGAGUAAUUUCUUUAGUUUAAUAGUUUAAAAGGAGCGGUUAAGUAGCAUUUUUAGUUGGGAAAUAGAUAGUUUGGAAACUAGCCGUUCUCUUUAAAAAUAUUAGAAAAGAAAAUUUCAAAAAUUAUUAUAAUUUAGUUAUAGUUUUCUCCACUUUUUAUUGUAUUAUCUCUAAUUUCCUUCUUAUUAAUUUGCUAAAAAUGAUGCCCCAAUAUAGUAUUACACUAUUCACCCGGUCUUAUAGACGGGGAACUCAUUUUUAACUUUAUUCUUCCAUUACUAAUAUCUAACCCCGAAUCUUUAAAAGUUUCAUUUCAAAUCUAAUUAUUAUAUGCAUAUAUUUUUAACUUUUCUGCUAUACACAUUUGAUCAGAAAUAUGAGUACAAACUUUAUUAUAACAUACAAUAAUUAUUAUUUAUUUAUACAAUUUUUUCAAAUCUUCUAUGAUUCAUUUAACUUAAAUUUUAUUUCAGUUUUGUGCUUUGUUACUAGUAUUCCAUCCUAAAUCAACCUCUUUUCCUGACGAUUUUCAACAUUUUUUUCAAAAAUAAUUUACUUUCUCGAUACGGUAUCCUUCCUGUUUUUCAAAUACACUUUUCAUCUAUAAGACAAUCACUCUUAGAUUAGCAUUGAUAAUUUAAAUCUAACAAUACUAUUAGAACUAGCCUACUACCUACUAACUUCUACUAUAAAGAUAACUAUUACUAUCUACCUAUAUAUACUGUGCUUAUGUAUAUAUAAUAAUCUCUGUGUGCAAAAUCUCUAACAUACUUCAAAUUUUUUAUUUUUUUUAAAGUUUCUAUCUUCUUUGGGAUUGUGAGUUUGGUUAAUUUUGAGUCUUGAUUAUAAUUUUAAAUUGUUAUUGAGCUGGAUUAAAUAAAUUGAAGAAGUAAACGAAAUAUCUCAGAAGAAUUGAGAUAACGUGUGUUUGAAAGUAAAUUAUUCACUCACUAUAGGUUGUUCAUGUGCCAAAAACAAUAUGAUAAAUUUUCUAUGAAUGUUCCUAGUUUUCCAUCCUUCUCAUUUCAAACAUUUUCAUUUCUAAACUAUUUUUUUUCUCUAAUUUUCCAUCGUUUUUCUGUCAAAUUGAAUUUUCUAACUUGAAAAUGUGAGAGGAAUUGCUGCUUUAAACAGAAAAGUUAAGAUAAAUAGUUAACAUACGGUACAUUCUAGAUUAUACCGAUAUCCAUUAUAUUGUAGCAUUAUCACUUACAUCAAACAUAGAAUAAAUAAUUCAGUGCUAAUUAUUAACAUAAAUUGAAGAAAGUAAUUGACAAACCAUAUUAUAGACGAAACAAUACUUAUUGUAUUGUAGAUAAUUGUAGUGAUAAUUUUUAGAUGAUGAAAAGUUUAUGAGGGAUUUGAAGAUGAUAUAAUUAUUAUAAGUAAUUUUUCAUCAGGUAGGAACUAGAGUAAAAUAAUUAUUAUUGAAUUUUGGACCAAAAUCUUAUUACUUAUUACAAUAUUAUUCAAAAGUAAAGGGUGACGAUAUCAUCACAUGUAUGUAAGGAUCAAGCAUAAUAUUUAAAAUAGAACUAUUAUACUAUGCUACAGUCUUUCUGUUGUUCAGAUUAAAUAGAUUUAUAGAAUUUGCAAUUAGCCUAUGUCGUAAAAAGUAGCUUAACUUUGUUGUGUUUUGAAAGGGGAUUUAUUUUUGUGUACCUUUACAGAAACUUUUCAUUAAUUUUCAAAAAAACUAAAUUAAUAGUUUGAAAAGAAUAUUGCAUGUAGCUUGGUUUCUAGUUUUUCAAAAUUUCUUUCAACUUAUGAAAGUGUUUUACUAGCUAUAAACUAUAAUCAUAACAGCUUUUAAAAGUUCUACUGUAGUGGGAAAAAUUGUGAGACAUAGUUUUGAAAUCAACAUAAAUAGGUAUAAUAACUACAAGUGAUUAUAAAGAGUGAUCAAGCCAAUGUUAAAGUUUGCAUAGAUUUUAAUUGCAUAUUAUCUAUGGUUAAGAGGUUGGAAAUCAUAAUGUCAUAUUAAUAUGAAAUCCGCUUAAGGUACGAAUGACAUAUCAUUGAUUAACUAUUAACUACUGUUUCAAGCUAACUUAAGGUUCUGUUUUCAGAAAAUGCAUUUUAUUCUUUCGCUCUUUCCAUCAUUCUAUUCUUAAAAUAGAUCAGUAUUUAAAAAUGCAUUUUCAAUUUCCUCCACUUACUUGAUUUUUUGUAAAAAUAUCCUUUUUUCUAUGGUAAUAAAUAUUUGUACAUUAUAAUGAAAGAUUACAUGAAAUAUGUAUUUUCUAAUAUUUUUCGUUUUCAUUGAUGAAUCCAUUUUACUGCUGCUUGUGUUUUGAAUAGUUUUAUCAAGGUUCUGCUAAUUGUGCAUUUUUUUAUUGUUGGUUACAGAAAGUGUGUAGGUACUAAAAUAACAGCAACAAGAAAUUCAAAAGACAGACAGAAUUAUUGUAAAAGCAUAGUGGAAACCUGGCUGAAUUUUUUCUUGAAAAUUGGGCGAGAUAUUGUUCAAUAAGUAAUAUGUCAAAUGUACAAGGAAUACAAUAAUUAUCCCCAAAAUUAAAUGCACCCUCGGUUUGAAUACGGUAUCUAUUUUGCUAUAAUGUUUAGGAUCUAAUUUUUCAGUUUUGGGAAUGGUUAUUAUUCAAAAGUUUUUCGUUCCUUUUUGCUAGUGCUGACUCUUUUAUUUACAAGUUUUAUACAUUUUUUUAGUAUCUGAGUUAAAUUUCUGUCCAUUUUGUUGCUUUCCAGAGAGCGCUUAUUUGUUUUUUAAGCUUAAUCUCUUAUUUUCCUUAUUACAAAACUUUUCUGGUGUAUACAUUUUAACUCCAGUAACCUUCACUCAAAAUUUCACUAUUUUCACUUUGAGAUUUCAUGAGUUAUUCUCUUAAAUUUCAACUUUUUCAAGUUGGCACUUGCUUAUUUCUUUCAAAUUCUGUAAAUUUCCGAACAUAUUUCCAUGAUAGCCACUUAAUAUGUAGGAUUUGGGACAAUCUUAGCUAGAAAUCGAGGAUGAAGGAUAUAUUUCUUAAAAAGAGAAAUCCUUCGCAAAUAGGAUAUUUCUCCGAAUAGGAUAUCGACUUUAGGGACUUAGUAGAUAGCUUACCCCCUGUAGCUUAUAGUCUGCUUAAUAUCCGCCUUUUUCAAUUGAAAUCUGAAUAAUUAUGAGGGUCGUAUUCAUCAAUUUAAUGAACGCUAAGGGUCCAAUACUAUUUUUUCUAGAUUAGGUGAUUUUAUUUUGUUCUAAAUCUAUCUGUAAAUUUGUUCUUUGAGUUAUUUUCUUGCUGACCCAUCAUGAACAUUAUAAUAGUUUCAUUUUCCUGCAAUUUGUGCCAAACAUUCGUGAAUUGCUUGCACGUUUUUCUCAUUUCGACAAAAUUCAUUUUCUGUAUGAAAAUUUCUCUUCUUGAAAAUAAUCGUAUCUUAUGAAAACUACACAUAGGCCUACACUCACUUAUUAUCUAUUUCAACAACUAUAUCUUGAUGUUUUCACCUACAUUUAUUCAUCAUAAUUAACUCUAUUCUAUGUAUCUUUAUCACAAUACUUUUAUUAUUAAUUUGUGUAAUUUAGGCUUUAGUAAUUAAUACUCUCAAUCUAUUUAUAACCUACUGGUCUAUCUUUCAUAUCUUUCUCAAUAGUUGGCAUCGAGGUUUAUCUAUAUAACAAUUAUUUCUAUUAUCAUAUAUUUAUAUUUUAUUAAUUACUCUUAUAGUGUCUUGUAAUAACGCUAAUCUUAAGGCUUCUCAUUAAUUUCACUUAUUAAUGAUGUUAGUAGAUUUAGGCUAUAAUCUUUUUCUAUUCUUCAUCAUUUUUUUAUUACAAUGUUUCUUCGUAAUUUGUUAGUUUUCUGAAGUUUCACUUUUCUUUAACACACAAACUGUAUCACAUUGUGUUUUCAUUUUGUGUAAUAGAUUUUGUCUUUAUUCUACAUCAA